AUGAGUUUCGAAUCAGAAUGGGCGGGUCACAAUAACGUAUCAAAUUUAAAAAUAUAUAACGAUGACAAUUUGGAUAAAAUCAUAACAGAUGUACGCAAUGAAUUUUUAUCGCAACAACCGCUGAGCGAAUUUAAUCGUCUUGCUGCGACUAUACUAGUAAAAAAACCAGAUAAUAUUUGGCACCGUGGAAAUGUCAAUGGCACCGAGAUUGCUUAUCCAGCUUCAUGUGUGAAAUUGUUUUACAUGUGGAGUGCCAUAGAAUGGUGUAAAUCGAAGUCGAAAUCAAUUUAUUGCCUCGAUAAAUAUGUACGGCCCAUGGUAACGGUUAGCUCUAAUUUAGAUACCGGUUUUGUUAUUGAUAAAAUAACGAACACAACAAAUAUUGAUGACAUGGUAGCGAUGAAUGAUACACGGUGGACGGAAUGGUAUGAAAAACGAUUGUCAACAAAAACAUUAUUGGAAAAAUUAAAUUUAUAUGAAAAUCAACGAAUUUUAAGUAAAACUUACCCAACUAACAGUGGUUUAGGUCCAGUGGGUGCCGAGGCACUUAUUAUUUCCAAUGACGGCAGUAAUCGUUUACAGCCUUGUUGUUCAGCAUCAUUUAUGUUAUAUUUAAUCUAUGCAUUACCUGCAGAAGAAAAACAGUACAUUCAAUCUCUAUUGUAUCAUACAUUGCAAAGUGAUCAAACGAGUUUUGGAAAUGGAUUACCAGCAGCCACAAUCUUGCACAACAAACCUGGUAAUGCCUAUGAUACCGUUGAAGACAUUGCUUAUAUGAUCCUACCUAAUAAACAAGAAAUUAUAUUAGCAGCAUUCAGCAAUGGUUAUAAACGACCAAAAACAGAUUUUUAUAUCCUUGGAAGAUUUGCUGAAAUGCUGCUUGAUCGUUUAAAAUUAGAUAAUAGCGAUAUUAUUAAAACAACAGAUGAUCAAGAUAAUUAUAUGUGUACAACUAAUACCACAGUUCAUACGACAAAUCUACCAAAAGAUGUUAUUGGAAAUUCUUUCAUAGCAUUGUCAAAUCCUGAUAACUACUGUAUAUGGCAGCCACGAUUAGAAAAACAAGGAUUAUAUGCUAUCUAUAUCUGGAAUCCGUCAUAUGAACGAACAACAGAUUCAAUUAACAUUACACUCCAAGAUGUCUAUAAUACAGAUGAUACAAUUCAAUAUAACCAACUCAACUCGUUUUCAAGGUGGAUAUAUGUUGGUGAUUACCUCCUUAAAGCCGGGCGACAAAGUAUUCAGGUGUCUCUGUCUCAAAACGCCUCUGGGUUUGCUGUAAUGAAUGCAAUUAAGUUUUCAAUAUAUCCUCCUCUGACUGAUGAAGACAUUAACGCUAACGGUGUAUCAUGUUAUAUAUCAUAUUACAGUUAG